AUGCUUAGAUUCUCACAGAGAAGAUUCUUUUCUUCCGCUAGAACUGCCUUUGAAGCAGUUAAAAAAUCGCAUGAUCUUGUCAUUAUUGGUGGUGGCCCCGGUGGUUACGUUGCCGCCAUUAAGGCUGCCCAACUCGGUUUCGAUACUGCCUGUGUCGAGAAAAGAGGUGCUCUUGGUGGUACUUGUUUGAAUGUUGGUUGUAUUCCAUCCAAGUCUCUUUUGAACAACUCGGAAUUGUUCCACCGUGUCCAGAAAGAGGGUGCUAUGCGUGGUAUUAACAUUCCAGGUGAAGUGACUCCUAACUUGGGUGCUCUUAUGAAGGAGAAAGACAAGGCCGUCAAGCAAUUGACUGGUGGUGUCGAGAUGUUGUUCAAGAAAUAUGGUGUUAAAUACUAUAAGGGUAGUGCCUCGUUCAUUGACGAGCAUCAAUUGAAGGUUGAUCCUAUAGAAGGUGGUGAAGAAGCAAUUUUGGAUGCCAAAAACAUUAUUGUUGCCACUGGUUCCGAAGCUACUCCAUUCCCGGGCAUUGAGAUCGACGAGGAGAGAAUCGUCACCUCUACUGGUGCAUUGUCUCUUAAAGAGAUUCCUAAGAAGAUGGCCAUUAUUGGUGGUGGUAUCAUUGGUUUGGAGAUGGGUUCUGUUUGGAGUAGAUUGGGUAGUGAAGUUACCGUUUUGGAAUUCCAGGACGCUAUCGGCGGUGCCGGUAUGGAUGCUGAGGUUUCCAAGAACAUCCAAAAGAUCAUGUCUAAGCAGGGAAUGAAGUUCAAGCUCGGUGCAAAGGUCACUAAGGGUGUCAGAAACGGAGAGAUCGUCAAUGUCGAGUACGAGGAUGGUAAGUCUGGUAAGACUGAGACUCUUGAUGCCGACGUCUUGUUAGUUGCUGUUGGUAGGAGACCAUUCACCAAAGGAUUGAAUGCCGAGAAGAUCGGACUAGACUUCGAUAAGAAGGGCCGUGUCGUCAUCGACUCUGAGUACAAGACAAACAAGCCUCAUAUUUUGUGCAUUGGUGAUUGUACAUUUGGUGUUAUGUUGGCUCAUAAGGCUGAGGAUGAAGGUAUCGCUGCUGUUGAGUACUUGAAGAACGGUUUCGGUCAUGUCAAUUACAACAACAUCCCAGCUGUCAUGUACACACACCCAGAGGUUGCUUGGACUGGUCAGAAUGAGGAGCAGUUGAAAGAAGCUGGAAUCAAGUACAAGACUGGUAAGUUCCCAUUCUUGGCCAACUCCAGAGCCAAGACUAACCAAGAUUCGGACGGUUUUGUCAAGUUUAUUGCUGACGCAGACACUCAAAGAGUUCUUGGUGUUCACAUUAUUGGACCUAACGCCGGUGAGAUGAUUGCUGAGGCUUGUUUGGCCCUAGAAUACGGUGCCUCGUGUGAAGACAUCUACAGAGUUUGUCACGCCCAUCCAACCUUAUCUGAGGCUUUCAAGGAGGGUGCCAUGACUGUCUUUGGUAAGCCAAUCAACUUCUAA